AUGGAAGAUAAAAUUGAAAAAACUAACGAAGAUAAAGAAAAUUAUAAAACUAUUUCUAUUUUUCAAAAAAUUCGCAACACAAAAUUUUUACUUUGUAAAGUAUUGGAAAUUCUUCAAGAUGAGUAUUAUAAGCUUGGUUGUACUAAUAGUGUUUUAGAUACUUGUUUUUGUGUAUCUGAUAUAGGUCCAUUAGAAUCAUCUAACUAUCCUGAAUUAACCGAAAUUCCAUCCAUUCAACUUUCUUUACAUACAGCUACUAUUAAACAAAGUAGUAUAUCUGUAAUAGUAGAUAUCAUGGCAGCAACAACAUAG